UGUUGUGUGUGCGAUGCUUGAGAAUAUUUUUAGAACAUUUUGAAACGUCAGCGGUUGUCUCAAGUAGUUACUUCCUCCUUUUAUGGUGUACCAAAGAAAGAACACUAACGUGUUUAAACAGAAGAUUCACAAUCCCCAGUGUAUCUAAAGAAGUUGUCUGUUAUUUGUUAGCACCAGUAUUUGCUCUGCAAGUGUGAUUAUAAGGUCGCUGCUUGCAGAGAGAUUUCAGUGUAGGAUCCUUGAACAAAGCCCAGUUGCGCCAGGGACCAGCUAACCCCGCUUUCUCAGUUGUAUGUAUAAAGUAUUCAUAUUCAUUCACAAAGGGCAGUUCCCUGUGCUUAAAACCGAAGUUUAGUGAAUCCAACAUAUGCACACCAAUUUUUGAGGUACGUUAAUUUGGAAAGAUUAGGUUUGUACUGUAUUAUCAGCUGUACUCCUCUGUGUAAAGAUGCAUCGAUUGUUAAGGUGGCAAUUCAAUGCAUCAGUCACCGUACAAAAUCUUUAAUGAUGAAAAUACCGUUAUCUCCACACUGCGCGCUCCCAUGUUCACAUGCUGCAGGUAGAAUUUCCCAAACCUGGAUGGCAGGGGAGAAGUUCAUUAUUAUUCUUAUAGGAUGUGCUAUCUGGUUAUCUUUACGCUGUGACACUUUUGGGAAAAACUCAAUGGUCAAGACUCUGAAGUACAUGAUUAGUUAGGCAAGUAAAAAGCUAAUAUUAGCCUUAGUGAUGCACGAAACAUUGGCUAUAAUAUUGGUAUCGGCUGACAUUUGUUAAAGAUCAAGAUAACGGCAUCGGUCCAAUGUGUUACUCUCUGCUAAUAUUGCCAGCCAAUAUUUAAACGUUCUCCCUUCUCCCUGUUUUAUAAUAACUAUAAAAAUUAAUGUUCUAAGAUUCUACUUUCUUUGUAUUCCAUUAUUAUUGUGUUAAGUUCCCUUGGUAAUAUUUACGAUAUUUUUUUCAGCAAAUUUACAAUUGGUUUGAAUUUACGUCAUAAAAAAUAAUUGAUUAAUCGAGUUACGAUAAAAAUUGAAGAUUCCCAAUGCAUCAGAUCAUUGCCCUCAGUAAUCAUAAUCAAAUUUAAUCACCUCGUGGCCAGUGAUUUUGGGCAGUGUUUCUCAAUCCAGUGCUCAGGGAUCUUUAGACGGUGCACAUUUUUGCAGUUGUUGCUGAAGGAGAUUAUGUGCAGUUUAUGGGGUCUAGCUAAAAGCAGAAGACAACUGAGCCAUGGACUCUGCAGCCCUGGUCAGGGAUUUUGUGAGAGACUCAGUGGAUGUCAUACAUAUGGUGUUUGUUACACUUCAGACAUUUUUGGGAUAGGGAGGCAAUUGUAUUGGGGUGAUAGACACACCUCAUUUAGUGUUUUCCAUGUAAUGGUCUCAUUGUGUACAGAUGUGCCUUAUUGGGGCCAAUACCACAAGACAACCUUUUUCAAUGUGGCAUCAAUUUCAACAGUUUGUGGGGAUAAAAAGCUGGUAUUGUCGGCAAGUCAUUCCAAGUUCAUCGGUCAAACAGCCAUGAACACACGACGUCACGUAACGGACGACCAGCGCCACCUGGCCAUGGUGCCUUCGGGUCGGUGGCAGGCAGUCAGAUGUUGCUCGUGAACUUGGUGUGUCUCAAAGUGUCAUCAGCAGACUUGCAUCAAGACACAGAACUACUGGCAGAGUUCAGGACAGACCCAGGAGUGGAGCCCCACGAGUGACAGACCGCAACGAUGACCAGUACCUAAGGACCACUGCACUCAGACAUCGUUAUGCAACUGCCACACAGCUGCAGGCCCGUUUACGAGAUGCACGGGGUACUACGGUCUCCAGACAAACCAUUCGCAACCGACUCCACCGCUUUGGCUUGAAUGCCAGACGACCGUUGCAGGUGACUCGACUGACACCAACUGUCAACGUUUGCAGUGGGCACAAGACCAUGUGACCUGGACAAUGCAGCAGUGGUCUACCGUCCUGUUCAUUGAUGAGUGUCGGGUCACCUUGCACAGAAAUGAUGGCCGUCAGCGUUGCUGGAGACGGCGAGCUGUUACAUACUCUGGUCCUGUCAGCGGAGACAUGAGCCAAAAGUCUGAGCGUAGAGGGAUCCAUGUGGACCAGUCAGAGCUGCUGUGCAAGAAAGGGUGUGGUUACUAUGGCAAUACAUCCUGGCAAGGCCUCUGCUCCAAGUGCUGGAGGGAAGAAUACCAGCGUGCCCGGCAGAAGCAGAUCCAAGAGGACUGGGCAUUGGCAGAGAAGUUGCAGAGGGAGGAGGAAGCUGCCUACGCCAGCAGCCAGGGAGCGCAGUCUCACCCCCAGCCAUCCUUGGCACCCUUCUCCAAAUUCGAGGAGAAGAAGACCAAUGAGAAGACGCGAAAAGUCACUACAGUGAAGAAGUUCUUCAGCCCCUCGUCACGCACAGCACCUAAGAAAGGUACUGAGGAAGCUGCCGCACCUGCUGAGAGAGCAGAGAAGAUGCCGCCAGUCAGGAGGGAGCGGCAUGGCGAGGCGUUCCUCAGGGAUCUCAGGGGCAUUUUCACUCAGCCUUGGGAGAUAAUGUACCCCAGUGAAGCACUGACUUCCAGACUGAGAGAAAACCAUGAGGGAAAGACCCCAAGCCCGUCCAUCAGCCGGCAGGCCAGCGCUGAGACGGACCGUGUGUCCCGGGAUUUUGGGGACUUCCUGAAGAACCUCCAGAAGUCAGGCCGCGAUAUUCACAAGCAGUGUAGAGCCUUCACUGAGAGUAUGGCCAAUAAGAGGGACCUGAGUGCUGAUGAGCUUUCCGAGUGUGUGCAGGACUUCUACCAGAACAUGUCUGACCGCUUGAUGACCCAUUUUAAAGGGUCUACAGACCGCGUGGAGCAGGUGAUGGACCAAGUGGAGAAGUACAUAAUGACUCGGCUCUACAAGAACGUCUUCUGUCCCGAGACCACGGACGAUGAGAAAAAAGAUCUGGCAACCCAAAACCGGAUCAGGGCCCUUCACUGGGUCACCAUUCAGAUGCUGUGUGUCCCAGUCGAUGAAGAGAUUCCCGAAGUGUCCGAUAGUGUGGUGAAAGCCAUCACGGACAUCAUCGAGAUGGACUCCAGGCGGGUGCCCCGCGACAAGCUGGCCUGCAUCACCCGCUGCAGCAAGCACAUCUUCAACGCCAUCAGGAUCACAAAGACGGAGCCGGCCUCGGCCGACGACUUCCUGCCGACCCUCAUCUACAUCGUGCUGAAGGCCAACCCACCUCGCCUGCAGUCCAACAUCCAGUACAUCACGCGCUUCUGCAACCCCAGCCGCCUGAUGACUGGAGAGGAUGGCUACUAUUUCACCAACCUUUGCUGUGCAGUGGCCUUCAUAGAGAAGCUGGACGCCCAGUCUCUGAACCUCAGCCCAGAGGACUUCGAGCGCUACAUGUCAGGCCAGGCGUCUCCCCACAGACAGGAGCCGGGGCCCCGGACCCCAGCAGGCCCCUGCGGCAGCCCCGCCCUCAGCACCGCACACCACAACCUGGAGCUGCUGAACGGGCUUGGCGUCCGGCAAGAGCGUGUCCUGGAAGCGGCGCGGAACCUGGAGAGCGACCUCAUCAGCUGGCGGGAGGCUGUGGAACGCGAGGUGCAGGAGAUCCUGGCGAAAUACCCCCUGGAGAUCCGGCCUCCCCCCUCAGCGAUUGACUCGGACAACGUGGAGAACGACCGCCUGCCACCACCACUGCAGCCGCAGGUCUUUGCUGGCUAACCUCCAUGUGGCGUCCUGCCCUCUUCCCCAUUACGCUCAACACUGUCCCCUGCAUGCUGAACAUUUAUAGCCACACACCCCGCUCUAAUGUCCAAGCAGACUACGCUAAUUGGAUGAGCUAGCAUGAAGCUAUACCCUCCUGUUGCCCAGUUUAGCUUAAGUACUGCUGUAGCCAUUUUAUAGUAACUAUUAAAGCAACAAGAGUACAAAUCCCACUCCUCUUCUUUUGGAUCUGCGCUCCAGAAUAUACGUGCUUGAACUGAUAGGUAUGUAACUCACUAAACUGACUUCCCCUUGUUGAGUGUUCUUUCCCUCUUCAUUGUGACUGGACGGCAGCAGAAGCUAAGCUCUGGGUGUAGCGGUGCAUUCUCGGAUAGCCACUCACACGUUAGCCGUACUGUACAUUAGGUUUUUUGUUGUACUGCUAUGCUUUUGCAUUGAACAUUAAUAGUUACUGUCUUGCUUUAUACCUCUCUGAUCAGAGGUGUAGCGCUAAAAACAUAAAGUGAGAAAUUAAUAAUGCAGUGAAACACAAGCUGGGCAGUGCUGGUGGAAAGUACUGCAUUCAGUAAUGCCAGUUCGUUCGGUGACACUUCUGCAGUGUGUUUUAUCUUGACGCAUUGAGUUUUAUUGAAGUGUUCAAUGAUGCUUUCUGUUGUCUUUUUUUUAGUAGAAACAUGCGUUUCGGAUGGUCAGUUUAAUCCGUCUUUAAACUGAAGGGAGCAGUUUUUAUGAUCAACAAUAAUUGUAAAUUUAUUUUUCAGAUACACCUUGUUUCGCCCAGUGCUUCAGAUUUGUGAAGUGGUUGCCUAAUUCUGAGCAUGUUCCCCUCACGUUAAGCUUGACAGGGAAUAUGAUCUGAGGUACUAGCUUGCACUUCUAAAUGAGCUUCGAAAUGUUUUUGUGCGUCGUCUUGGUCAGAACUUGGGCAUUGACACCCUCUGCUGGUGAGUAUCUGAAACCACGUGUGCUAAUUUUAGGGCUUUUAAGCUUCAGGAUGAGAACAAUACAUAACAAAUGAAUCACGUUGUCAGUGGAACAGUUCUGUUCUGCUAUGGUUUACGUUUCUAUUUAUAACAAGGCUAAAUGCCCAAGUACAGUGAUGGGUUUCUACAGUGGGAGAUUUAACUGUCUGGAAAAUUAAAAAUUUAUUGUAUAAAUUACACAAACAUACUACUGCCGUUGAUAUCAAGCGUAGAAUUUCGUGAGACAUUGAUCUAUACCGAUUAUUACUGUAGUAGUUAUUACUGUAUAGGGACUGACAGUUCUGUGGAAAAUGCUUAUAUAAUUAAGCUCAAAUUUGCUGCUGAUCAAUUGCUUUAUAACAGCGGUAGGUAACACUGGACAGAGAACACAACACAGUCUAGCAUUAAAGGGUAUGCCUUUAAUUUAGACGUGGAAUCAAGGGAUUUUCUUCCUUUGGGUAAAUCGUGUCUUGUUGUAAAUCACAUUUUUAUUUUUGAUUUUGUUUUGUUCCGAACUGUAUGAAGGCAGACUAUUGAAAGUCCCAGUGUGGGUAUGACUGGGUUGUUGCUCAUAGGCAUCUUAUGGUUAUAUCUUAAGCCGGUGUUUCUCAACCUGGUCCUCAGGGACCCCCAGACAUUCCGCGUCCCUCACAGCUCCCAAAAAAUGUGCACUGUCGGGGGGGGGGGGGCAAAAACGCGGACCGUCUGGGGGGGUACCUGGAGACCGAGCUGAGAAAUACUGGUUUAAGCUUGACAUGAAGUGUGGAGGACUGCACUUGUUUGUAACAUUCUCCCAAGUGUCUGUUAAAGUGACUGUCACAGGUACUCUGCUUUUAGAUGUCUUUUAAAAAUGUAAAAAUGUACAUUUAAGUAUCAACCUAAUGGUCUUAAUGUGACUAUUUAUUAUGUAAAAUAACUUAUAAGAAUAAUAUUGUUUUAUAUUGUUCAUGGCUUGUUGUAAUUUAACUGCCUUUAAAUAAAGACCCAGAAGACUCCGCC